AUGGCAGUCAAGGCCGAGGGAGGAAAGACUGAAAUAUUGACGCGUGAUGUGCAUCUGGCAGCUGAAAAGGGCCAAGCCGCUACAGAUAGAUAUGGCGAAGCCCUCGUCGCAUAUGAUGCCGUAGCUGAGCGCAAGCUGCGGCUCAAGAUUGACCUCUUCAUCGUCCCAACCGUGGCUCUCCUCUAUCUCUUCUGCUUCAUUGACCGCGCCAACAUUGGUAAUGCAAGAAUUGCCGGCCUUGCGAGUGACCUCCACUUAGAGGGAAACGACUACAACGCCGUCAUCUCCGUCUUCUUCAUCUCCUACAUCGUCUUCGAGAUCCCAGCGAGCCUGGCGUGUAAAUACAUCGGGCCCGGCUGGUUUCUACCCAUGUCGACGCUCCUCUUUGGCGUCUGCUCACUGGCAACCGGCUAUGUCAACACCAUGGCCCAGGCCGCCGGCGUUCGCUUCCUUCUUGGAAUCUUUGAAGCUGGCAUGAUGCCCGGAAUCGCCUACUACCUGUCUCGCUGGUACCGCCGCUCCGAACUGGCCUUUAGGCUGUCUCUCUACAUUGUCAUGUCGCCGCUGGCGGGGGCCUUUGGCGGGCUGCUGGCGUCUGCCAUCUUGAAGCUCGAUCACGUUGGCGGCGUCCGCUCGUGGCGCAUGAUUUUCGUUGUGGAAGGCAUCAUCACCAUUGGCCUUGGCCUUGUUGGCUUCUUUACUCUGACGGAUCGCCCAGAAACUGCGCGAUGGCUCUCGCAGGAGGAAAAGGAUCUGGCCAUUGCACGUGUCAAGUCUGAGCGGGUUGGUACCACUACAGUCUUGGACACCAUGGACAGGGUAAAGAUUACGAGGGGCAUCUUCAACCCCGUGACGCUUAGCACAGCCUUCAUAUUCCUCUUGAACAACAUCACAGUCCAGGGACUGGCGUUUUUUGCCCCAACAAUCGUGGCUACUCUGUUCAAGGGCAAGACAACCAUCCACCAGCAGCUCCUCACCGUGCCCCCUUAUGUGGUGGGAGCCUUCUUCACGGUCUUGUUCCCCCUUCUGAGCUGGCGCCUCGACAGACGCCAGAUAUUCAUCGUCCUCUCCGCCCCCAUGGUCAUGGUAGGCUACGCAAUGUUCCUCGGCUCAACCGACCAAAAAGUCCGCUACGGCGCAACCUUCCUCAUCGCCUCCUCCGCAUUCGCCCUGGGACCCCUGACAAACGCCCAAGUCGCCGCCAACGUCGUCGGCGACACGGCCCGCAGCGCGGCCAUCGGCACCAACGUGAUGAUGGGCAACGUCGGGGGCCUGAUCAGCAGCUGGGCGUUUCUCCCCUUUGACGCACCAAACUACCAUAUCGGAAACGGGCUCAACUUGGCGACGUCGGGGACGGUCUUGGUGCUGGCUGCGCUGAUGCUGGUGUGGAUGAAGCGGGAUAACAAGAAGCGAGGGAGCGAGGAUAUUGAUGCGGCGUUGGCUGGCUUGACGGAGGAGCAGAUUGAGAACUUGGACUGGAAGCAUCCGGCCUUCCAGUGGAGAUAUUGA